UAGUUUGUUUAUUUACACUAACCCAAAAUAUAUGGCAACAUGGUAUUGAACGUAAAUGUCAAAUCAGUUAUCUUGGAAGCACGGGAACUUAAAAUAUCAGAUCAAAAGACGACUAGUAGCAUAGAGAUCUGUGAUGUGAUUGGUUGUCACCUCUGUGAGGAACCAGGUGGAAUUCUUCCCAUUUUCUUUGGAUCCGCUCCCUACCUUGUCAUCAAGUACAUAUCAAAAGGUAAAAACUAUAAGUGGACAGCAGAGAAUGUACAUGUGACAGGAUCCAGAGAGGAGUGUGAGGCACUGAGGACCAAGGUCAAUGAAAAAUUAGGUAAAGAGAGAGAAAGACCAAAAAAACUUGGAGUGUUCAUUAAUCCUAUUGGAGGGAGCCAAAAUUCUCUGAAUGUGUACAGCAAAACUAUCGCCCCUUUGUUUAGAGCGGCAAACAUAGUUUGUGAUGUAAUGGUUUCUGAACGACCAAAGCACAUUGUUGACAUAAUGAAAAGUUUUGACACAACAUGUGUUGAUGGGCUAGUUGUAGUAGGAGGUGAUGGAACUCUACUGGAGGUCAUCAAUGGUCUUCUGACCCGAGCUCAAAAAGAGGCUGGUCUGGACUACGAUAAGCCUACCUGUAAACUCAAACCAUUGGAGGUACCAAUUGGCAUCAUCCCAACAGGUACAGGAAAUGGAACAGCUAAAGGUCUCUAUGGUAACACAGAUGUGGUCACUGCAGCUCUCCAUAUUAUCAGGGGUAAGACAAACCGUAACAAUGUCCAGGCGGUUUACUCCGGAGGGAAGCUAGCCUCCUUUAGCACUAUUGUCAUAGGAUGUGGAUUGUUCUCAGACCUAAUUUAUCACACAGAAAGACAGAGGUGGUUAAAGAAGGCCAGAUAUGUCGUUGUACCUCUGCAUUUGAUGCUUUUUAAAAAACAAAGAUUAUUUGAUGCAAAGCUAACCAUUUUUCAAAGAGAUUCAACUGCAGAAGAUGCAGAUGGCACAAGUGAAAAAUCCACAACAUAUGAGCAAAAAGAGGUUGAGGGACAAUGUGUUAGCAUCACCUCGUCUGGAGCAGGGCUUGGCUAUCCCUGUGCCCCCUUUGGAGCUUCUGUCAUGCCCUUCAUAAAGCACCCCAGUGAAUUUGUUGUAGCUAUGUACAAACAAUGUGGGAGAUUCGAAUUUCUUAGUCAUUUGAAAAGUUGUGCACUUGAAAAUCUAGAUGCAUUUCAGAAGGACUUUUUGUUGCCAUACACUGUUAGGGGAUACAAAGUAAAGAUUCAGUGCUCUGAUAAGUCGCCGGAUCCCGAGUCGGAAGAAGUCAACAUUAACAAUUUACUAGAUGUGGACGGGGAAUUGUUAGACAUUGUAGACGGAGAGUAUGAGGUUUGGAACCACAGACAGCUCCUGAGGUUUUACACAAGUUCUUGAGACUGAAUGCAGGACAUAUAUUUUGAGGUAUUUACCUGAUCCCUUAGAGAUGGCAGAACAUUACCUCUAGUGUCCCAACCCGAACCUUAGUACCUACCUGUACAGCCGCUUGUUCGUCACCUAUGCCAUGUAUUAUUAAGGUGUUACAGGUUCGUUACAUGUGUGUAGUACAUGUACCUGGACCACUUCAUGUUCCUGUUUUAGUUAAGUUGUACAAAAUGCAAAAACUGGCUAUUAUGUACAGAAAAAUAAACUACAGGCACUCA